AUGUUUAACACAUUUGCUAACGUAUUUAGUGUCGAUGAAAACAAUACAAAAAAAAUGGAGAGUAACAAUCCAUUCGAUGAUUUACCCUCGUCAACAUCAACAACAGAUCCUUUUGGAAUAUCAUUAAAUACUAUGAAAUUAUCGGAAUCAUCAGAAAAAUUUGAUGAUAAUCCAUUUCUUAUUAGUACAAAUAAUGAUAAAUCUGUUCGACCUCGAAGUGGCAAAGAAGCAUUAUCAUCAUCAAAUUGGCUGGCUUAUCAACAUUCAAUGGAUGAAGCUAAUUUAGAUCAAGUAGAUGAUUUUCAAGAUAAAUCAUUUAUAACAGAAUCAAAUAGUACGAAUAAUUUCAAUCCAUUUGAUAUUUCCACAAUAUCAAAUACUGAUCAAUCAAAUGGAACAAUAUUUCAAUCUUCUCCAAUGGAUUUUUUAUUUGAUGUUAAUACUGACUCAAAUCAAGUGUCAACAACAACAACAACAACAACAAAUUCCAAUCAAUUAUCUUAUGAUUUUCUUGAUUUUAAUCCAGCAGAUACAUCAAUAUCAACGAAAACCGAAAAUGUUAAUAAUUUAACUGAUAUACCAAAAAUCGAAUCAACUACAACAUCUUCAUCAGCUCAAUUAACAUCUUCAAAUGAAAUAAAUACUACACAAGAACCAGUAUCAACAGGUACAUAUGAUGAUCAAUUUCUUGGUUGGUUAACACAAACUGCAGAUUCAAUAAGUGGUACUGAUUUAAAACAGAAUAAAGUUACUGAAGAUUUUGGAAAUAUUUAUCCACAAUUACCAACACAACAAGUAAAUGAUCAAGAAAAUAAUCCAUCGUCAUCAUCAUCGGAUGUUUUUUCUAAACAAGCCAUUUCUCGUCCAUCGGUUGAAGAAAUACCAUCAAUUCGUAUACAUGAACCAAAAAUUGGACAUAAUGAUAGUAAUAUUGUUCCACAAGGAUAUUUCAAUAAAGAAACUAAAAAUCAAUCUGAUGAUGAUUCAGAUGAUGAAAAAAAAAUGGUUUUUAAAAUUGGAGAAAAAAAACAUAAUGUAUUAAAUUCUGAUACAAAUAUACCUCUACCAUUAUUACCUCCACCACCAUCACCAUCAUCAUCAAAAAAUUAUCAAAAAAGUAAUAAGGAUGCUAGUUCAUCAUCUUCAGAUUCCGAUCAAGAUGAUCCACUUGCUAUGUUUCGAACAAAAACUACUAAAAAUAAAACCGAUGAACAAUAUGGACAAAAUCUAAUUACAGAUUGGGAUGAAGAAACAAAAGUACAAGAACGGCAAGAAAAAGUUCAAUCACCACCAUUAGAUUAUUAUUUACAUGAACCAGAUUAUGAUGAUAGUGCACCAUUAGAAGCCUAUCAUAAUGAUAUAAAUGAACUACAAUUACAGCAACUUAAUGGAUGGUCAUUACAAAUUCGUCUACCAUUAAGACAAAAAGAUUUAUAUAAAAGUACUUUUCAAAGAUUUAGUGAAACACGUACUUGGCAAGAAUGUUUCGUUCGAAUAUUUUUUGAUGAAAAAAAAUUACGUUUUUAUCUUCCACAAACAAUUGAACAAUCAUUUGCUGAAAUUGAAUUUCAAACAUGGUAUCAAUGUACAAAAUUUAAUCUUCAACAAUAUGAUCAAUAUUCAAAAAUUCAUACAUUUAAAAUUUAUGAAGCUAAUUAUCGUGAAAUUCCACAAGUUCGAAUUGAUCGUUUAGUAACAUUACCAGAAAAAUUAUUACGAAAAUUUACACGACCAAAUAAAACUCAACAAGUUUUAUUAGAUCAUGCAAAUUGUGUUCAACAAGAAGUUGUUAAAUUUGGUCAAUUAAAUUAUAUUUAUUUAAAACAAUUUUCAAUUAUAUUAGAUGAUUUAUUUUGGACAAUGCCUGUUACACGUAGUCGAUUACAAAAACAUUUAAAAGAAGAAAUAACUGUCAAGAUUUUAGAUGAAUAUUAUGCACAUAUUGAUAAAUAUCAUCAUAUAUGUAAACAGAAAUCACGUACACGUUUAUUUCUAUUAGCUUUUUUAAAUGGUACAGAACCAAUUGUUGAAAUUGGUAUGAACGAUUGGUUUCGUCAUGGUAAAGAAGUUAAUAAACGUAAUGAAAUAAUUAUUAAUAAAACAUUACAAGAAUAUUGGAUUAAACCUGAACAAGUUGAAUUAGCAUCAAUUAUUGAUUCAAAUGAAUAUGAAAGUACGCAUUUACUUAAAUUAAUACCACCUGAUAGUCAAAAAAUUGAAAUAAUGCGUUUUCGUACAAGACCUAAACAAAAUAUUGAAUUACCAUUAAAAGUUUAUUGUUUUAUGUCGGUUAUUAAUCGUCAAAUAAAUAUACGAAUUGAAAUAACUGUAUCAAAUGCUUUUAAUAUAAGUAUUUUAUCAAAAGCAUCAUCCAUGGCAACUAAUGAUAAAACAGCAAAUAUACGAGAUGAUAAUAGUGAUGAACAAUGUCCAUGUGAAAAUAUUCAAAUACGUUUUCCAAUACCUGAUCCAUGGGUUUAUAUGUUUCGAGUUGAAAAACGUUUUCGUUAUGGAGCUAUACAUAGUGUUCGUCGUAAAGCAGGAAAAAUAAAGGGUCUUGAUCGUUUGAUGAUUCAUCGUAAUGAUGGCGCUACACCUUUUAUGGCUGCAUCAGCUGGUAUAGCUAAAUAUGAACAAGCUUUUCGUGCAAUUGUUUGGCGUGUUGAUCAAUUACCAAAACGAGAUCAAGGCGCUUAUAAAACUCAUCUAUUUGAAUGUAAAUUUUCAAUACCAUCUCAUGAUCCUGUACCUGAAAAAUAUGAACCAAUUGCUGAUGUUGAAUAUUCUAUGUCACAAGCAUUUGUUUCACAUUGUCAGAUUCGUUCAGUUGCUGUACCAAGUGCUGAAGAAACACCUGAAAAAUGGAUACGUCCUAAAAGUCAAUUUACUUAUACAACUGACAUUGAAUAUGCAUUUAAAGAAGAAGAAAAAAAAGAAUUUGCACCUAUUGAAAUCGAUAUGAAAGAACAAAUAAUGUCACAAAGUGAAACAGAAAAUAAUUCACAAUCAGAUGAUAGUGAUUAA